AUGGCGGAUGUUCUCAGCUAUCAAACUGGCUUCAUCAAUCAUGAGUCCCAUGCUGUCGGCUCCCUUGGCAGCGUGUGUCUGCAUGCCUGGCAUAUCCUCUGGUACCAGUGGCAGAUGGGCCCGCUGACACCCUCAGUCAAGAGACCUCCAAUGAUCAUCACUCAGCCGGAGUCUGUCACCGUCUUUAGUGUUGAAGACCUCGUCAUGAGCUGUGGAGCCACUGGCAACCCUCAACCCAUUUUCCGAUGGACAAAGGAUGGAGUGGAGUUUGACCCAGGCAGUGAGCCAGAGCUGAAGAUUUCUGAGCGCUCUGGCUCAUUUUCAUUCUACACACUCAGUCACACCAUGGACAGCGUGAAGCAGUACCAGGCCAAAUACAUCUGCUAUGCAUCCAACGUGCUCGGGACAGCCGUCUCUAAUGAGGCCCGCAUCAACACUGAUGUUCUCCCGACCCAGCAGAAAGAAAAGAAGGUUCAUAUGAAGUCAGAAGAGGGAAACAGUAUCGUUCUGAAGUGUAACCCCCCGCAGAGCUCCAUGGAGCCUAUUAUUCACUGGAUGGACUGGAAGCUACGCCAUAUCCAGCUAAGUGAACGGGUGGUCGUGGGGAAGGAUGGCAACCUAUACUUUGCCCAUUUGACAAUCGAGGACAACAGGAACGACUACACCUGCAAUGUCCAGUACCUGGCGACACGCACCAUUCUGGCAAAGGAGCCCAUCACGCUGACCGUGAACCCUUCCAACUCUCUACUUCAGAACAGGAGGCCCCAGAUGUUAAGACCUACUGGAAUCCACACCACUUACCAUUCCCUCAGAGGCCAGACCGUGGAGCUUGAGUGCAUCGUCCAAGGCCUUCCAACUCCCAAAGUUUCGUGGCUGAGGAGUGACGGCGAGAUGUCUGAAUCUCGGAUCAUUAAAGAUAUGUUCAACCGCCGCCUGCGCUUCAACAAUAUCUCAGAGAGCGACGCCGGCGAGUACCAGUGUAUGGCUGAGAACUCCCAAGGGAAGGCCACACACACUUACACCGUCACUGUAGAAGCGGCUCCCCACUGGAUCAAGGAGCCACCCAGUCAGCUAUAUGCCCCAGGUGAGACUGUCAAGCUACACUGCCAGGCGGACGGCAUCCCCGCUCCUACCAUCAGUUGGACCAUCAACGGGAUCGCUCUCUCAGAAACCGACAAGGACAUCAGACGUUCUGUGACAAGGAGCGGAUUUCUAACACUAAUGGAUGUCGAACUGGGAGACACUGCCGUCUAUCAGUGCCAGGCCUCCAACAAGCAUGGAACCAUCCUCACCAACACCAACGUCUAUGUCAUUGAGCUGCCUCCCCAGAUCCUGACUGAGGAUGGAACUACAUACACAUUUAUAGAGGGCCAGAACGCUUUACUGGAGUGUGUAAGCUUUGGCUCUCCGAGACCUAAAGUCACAUGGGAGAGCGGCAGGACCUCCUCCCUUCUGGAAGAUCCCAGAGUGAAGCCGCUCACCAACGGACUGCUUGAGAUCUCUAAUGUCACCCAUGACGAUGAGGGCAUCUACACAUGCUCCGUGCAGAACACCAACUUGUCUAUCAAUGCCGAGCUGGAAGUGCUCAACAGGACAGUGAUCCUGUCACCUCCACAGGAUCUGAAGGUGCAGCGUGGAAACACAACAAUCUUCACUUGUCUGUCCCUUGUUGACCCAAAACUUGGCUCUCCACUCAUUCAGUGGAGAAAGGACAAUCAAAAGAUCUCUGAGUCGUACACUGACGGAAAAUACACAAUUGAUGGACCAGACCUGAAAAUAACUAAUGUGGAAGAAGAUGAUGAGGGUGUGUACACCUGUCAGGUCAUCACUAAGCAUGACAUGGCUGAAGCCAGUGGCACCCUCACUUUAUGGGAUCGUCCAGACCCUCCUGUCCUGCUCCAGAUCACUGAUCCUAAGCAUCGUGCAGUCACCCUCAGCUGGACUCCUGGAGACGACCACAACAGCGCCGUGCUAGAGUUUGUAGUUGAGUUUGAGGACCAAGGCUUGAAAGAGAGUGGUUGGGAAGAGCUGAAGAGAGUAACAGGAAACAAUCAGCGCGCUAGCCUCCCUCUGUGGCCCUACAUGUCUUACCGUUUCCGGGUUACUGCCAUCAAUUAUGUAGGAAAGAGUGGCCCCAGCAAGCCAUCUGAAAUCCACAAUACACUCGCUGAAGCUCCAGACAAUAACCCUGAAGAUGUUAGGAGUGAGUCCAAAGAUCCAGAGACGCUAUUCAUCAGCUGGGAGGAAAUGGACAAACGUAGCUUCAAUGGACCUGACUUUAAGUAUCGUGUUCAGUGGAGGCGAGUAGUGGGCAGCGGACCCCGCUGGCACACGAACGACACAACAACACCACCAUUCACAGUCAAUGACAUUGGCAACUUUUCUGCCUUCGAGAUCAAAGUUCAGUCUGUCAAUGCGAAGGGGAAGGGACCUGAGCCAGAUCCCAUCAUCGGUUACUCAGGAGAAGAUUUUCCAUUAGAGGCUCCAAUGAAUGUAGGUGUUGUUUUAAUGAACAGCACUACCAUCAAAGUGAACUGGGCAGCAGUGAACAAAGAGACGGUCAGAGGAAACCUGAUGGGAUACAAGGUCUACUUGACCAGAAUUGGCUCCAGGAGCCACCACAGGGGCCGGAGGUCCAGGGAGCCAGAGAGCACUUUGAUGGUGGAGACUGUGGCCAACGAGGAAGAGAAGGUGAUCAGUGAUCUCAGACCAUACUCCCACUACGUGCUGUUCGUCACUGUAUUCAACAGCAAGGGAGAGGGACCCCCCUCUGAGACGCUGUCCUUCAAGACUCAUGAGGGAGUUCCUGGUCCUCCCAUGUCCCUGAUGCUGGACAGCCCAUCAGAGACAGAAAUGACCCUCCACUGGACGCCACCUGCUCAGCCCAAUGGAGUCCUCAUUGGAUAUGUACUAGAGUACCAACAGAUUGUGGAGAGCAAUGACAGCCCCACGCAGAAACAGACAAUAGAGGACCCCAUAGCCACCCACCUCACCCUGAGGGCCCUGGACCCCCACAGCCAGUACCGCUUCUUGUUGAGGGGGCGCACCACUGCAGGGGAAGGAGAGCUCAUCAUGAGGGAGGGGGCCACCACACUGGAUGGAGCACCUCCUGUCAAGUUCAACUUAACUGUUGGAGAAAACUCUGUUAACCUCAGCUGGGUGGCCAAGAAGAGACACAGAAACGUCAGCUUCCAGAUAUACUACCUCAAUAAAAAUGGUGCCAGUAAAUGGGAGAAAACUGAGGUGAACUCCUCCCAGUCUUUCUACCAGCUCCAGGGCCUGACUCCUCGCUCUCAUUAUCGUCUACGCUUCGCCUACAGCAACAUUACCUUAUUUGAAGAGAACAUUGAGACCUUAGGAACAGGAGUAACUGAGGUGCAGCCCAGUUUUGCAACGCAAGGCUGGUUCAUCGGUGUUGUGUGCGCCAUCGUGCUGCUGCUGCUGAUCCUGCUGAUCCUCUGCUUCAUCAAGAGGAGUAAAGGGGGGAAGUAUUCAGUGAAAGAUAAAGAAGAGGGUCCGAUGGACUCAGAAGCACGGCCUAUGAAGGAUGAGACUUUUGGAGAGUAUAGAUCUCUAGAAAGUGACCUCGAGGAGAAGCGCACGGCCAGUCAGCCGUCCCUCGGCGAGGAGAGCAAGCUGUGCAGCGAGGACAACCUGGACUUCAACGGCAGCAGUGCCAUAACCACCGAGCUCAACAUGGACGAGUCUCUGGCUAGCCAGUUCAGUCGUCCCAGCGAGGGUCCAGAUGCGCUGCAUGGCCUACCAGACAACUCCCCGCUCAAUCCCACCACCGUCUCCCCAGCUACCAGUGGCAUGCCCAACUCGGUCACCAUCCUCGAUUAACCCCACAUCCACCUGGGGCCAUUCGACCAACACAUGUCAACUCAUAUGUGCCCAUACAUUCCUGUUCCCCACUGACUUGCUGAUCUGUAAUUUAAUGACUAAUAUACAAUCAAUGUAUUGACUAUUCAGAUGUCCCUGGCAGUCAUCUGAUCGACCGGACUGUUUUGACCAAAGGAGUGUCCAAAGUAGUGGACGAUGUGAUACAAGUUUGACUGACCUGAAGAUGUCUUUUGACCCCCCCACCCCAACCUUGCUUUUAUCUGUGUAGUUUACAACAUAUCUUAAUGACUACGAUUAAUUUCCCUACAUUUCUUCUCUGUCUUUCCACAGACAACUCUAUAGAAAGCUAAAGAGGGAAUGUUGCGCAGGUAGAAAUAUGAGCGGGAUUGUAGGUACGGCCCGAUAGGGAUGCAGAGUCGUGCAUUGAGGAGUAUGACAGUAGAGCCUGGCGUGGGGGGGAAGGCAGCACAUGCUGCUGUAAAAAGUCUUAGAUAUUUAUCAUGCCUCAUAUUAUUUUACACAUGUGUAUGUUUAAUGCCAUAUGAUGUCUCAGAUUGUACUUGCCAGUGACAUUUUUAAUUUUAAUUUUAAAAAGUGUUAAAAACAUCCUUUUUUACUACCCAUUUUUAUUUAUAUCAUUACUUUUUAAUAUUGUUUUCUACACUAUUUCUAUAAAACUCCUGACUUUUCUCAGUUGACAUAUUUCACAGAUCAAUAUGUUUUCAUUGAAACUAAGUAAAGCCAAGUUUCUUACGAUAAAUAACAUUGGAUGCAUUAUGGGAACAUGCUGAGCAGCAUCUGGUGUAUAUAGCUGCAUCUACAUCGAUCUAUUUAGCCAUAAUACAGUAUUAUAGAUAUGUACAUGCUCCUUAUAAGUUCCUGUGCCUGCUAGGUCUGCAUAGAGCACCAGAUUGAUGUCAUUACUCUCUCGCAUUCCCAACAGAAGUGUAAUGUCAUUUUUGGAAAUGAUAAUGUCAUUUUUUGUGUCGAGACCUUUGUGUAGCUUUCUGUAUCUGUCCUUGUCUCUUUCUACACUGAAUUAAAAACAUUGUUGUCUCUAAUUAGCACUCUUUUCAGACCUGUCCAUCUCAUGUUUCACAAACUGUUUGAGGAGCAGUAUUUAUGUAUAUUUAUGUAUAUUUACAGAUCAGGGAGUGGAGUCUUGUGGGCAAACACAAGUUUUUUUUCCAGACCCUCAUCAAUGCAAGUUCAUAUUGCAGACAGGCGGAAUGAUUGCAAGUUGAUGUAUAAUAAGAUCAAGCAGUUGGUAUUUACAUCACACACAGAGAAUGUAUUAUUGUGCUAGCUGGGCAGACAUUGUAUUUACAUGCUACUGAUAAAAAUAAAAUCUGAGAUACACGGUACUGGAGUUGUUUUGAGUAUAACUGUUUUUGUCUCCACAGAAUGUAAAUACCCUUGUAAGAUUGUUUUGAUGAACCCAACUGUGUUUGUUAUAAAAAUGUGCAAGUUUGAAACCAAUUAACUUAAUUUGAAAUCGUU